CCAGAGAUCAUGGCCUCGCCGAUAUCAACACCAAUACCAGCGGACAACGCCGCGCGAUCUGCCCCGCCUGCGCCUGCGAUCAAUAACAACGCCGCUGCUGUCGCACCAAAAGUCAAGCCCUGCUGCGUCUGCACGGACGAGAAGUCGAGGCGAGACGAGUGCAUGCUCUUCUCGAAAGCUGCCGACCCAGCCAAGGACUGCCAGUCCACGAUCGACCAAUAUCGGAGCUGUAUGAAGGGCUUUGGUUUCGAGGUUUAGCGGUGCAAUUCACGUUCGAGAAAGCCCUCGGAAUCGGGAACAGCGAGGAAGCGACCCGAUCCACUGCCAGAGAUGUAAACGGAUAUUCAGGUCGACCAAAAAAGGAAUAUGCAUUGUCACGGCGCAAUUAUAUGAUACCAAAGAAAGAAGCAAAUAGAAAGGGCCAUUUCACUCUCCGCUCAACAAAAUAAAUAAAUCAAUAAUUGGCAUC